UGUAUUUAUUAUUUUAACUAUGGAAUAUCUAUUUUAGGACCAUAGUUUUAUCAUUAAUGAAAACAUUUAGUAAGAAUGACUCUUAAGAAAUUACCUGAGCUUUGAGGCGCCUCUGUCAAAUAAAUAAAUAAAAAUCUUUAAAAAAAAAAAAAAAGAAAGAAAUUACCUGAGCUUUUGCAGUUGUGCAAAAGGAAGCUGUGAUUUCCUAGAUAUUGAACAAGAAGUUAGAGCUCUAAGCCUAACGUUUAUUUUACUAUUUAAAGAUUCUGUCCUAGUAAUUGUAUUUUGCAGCCUAGAAGUCUUUAACAUCCCAAUUUAAAAAAGCAAAAUGCACAGUUUGCAUGCAGCACUGUCCACUGAGAAAGAUUAGGUAGUAUAAUUUUAGCAAAUGGAGUAAACAUUUACUAAUUAUACAAUGUGUGAAUUGCUCUUAAGUGUUCAAAACACCAGAGUACAACUGUUGUUAUUGAAAUAUGUUGAUUCUCAUAUGUGUGCCUCUAUUUGUUAAUGUCUUAGUACAAAUUAUUAAAUAGCUUUUUGAUACAAUCUGUUAGUAAUCAUUAUGAUUCCUAAUGAAUUAAUUAAGAGUUUAUGUGGUUACUUUUACUUUAUUUUAGAAAGACAUUUUCUGAUAGCUGUUAUUUCAUUUGAUUUCAAGGGGGCUGCUCUUACCAGUUGUCAUUGUGGAUUGAUUUAACUUGCUCUUAUACUUUUUACCUUUGAUAUGCCAAGAACUUCAAUUGGUUGUGUGGAAAUGGAAGCCUUUGUGUGAAGCAGUAGUCUCCGCACCUCAACUCUUAGGUCCUUCUUUUAGAGUAACCACUGGUAAUAACUUCCUAUUUGUUUGCUAUGCCCAUUCAAGCAUGUAUGCAUAUCUAAUCCAAAAGUAAAUGAGGAACUUAGAAAAAGAUUGCCAACUCCAGAUCAACAUAUUUAGAGAAAAUUGGAAAAGGAGAAGCUUACUACAGCUUUAUUUGAGGACUUUUUAAAAGAACGCAGAGUUCUAGCUGUGAGCUUCAAAUCUUGGAGCAAAAACCAGAGACAUUGCCAGAGCAAACAAGAACAGAAGUACAAAUGGAGGACUGGUCAAAAGAGAUAGCUCAUAGUUAUCUUGAACAAAAGACUACAGGGAGAAAUAAAAGUACAGAGUCGGAUGAACUACCAACUGUGAAUUCCAAGGAAGGCAUGCAUCAGAAAUCCAAUGAAUUAGUCAAUGAAAACACCCAUGAGGACACAGAACUGCCAGGGCAGAGAUCAAGGAAUUUCCCUUAUCCAGGUGAUGAGAGAGCUGACUGCACUACUAAAAAAUCCAACAUUAUGGAACAUAGAGAAAAUGAUUUGCAGUGUGAAUGUACGAUCCCCUGUCAAGUAACUUCAGACUUAGAUAAAGAGAAGAAAAUAGCAUUUCUUCUAAAAGAAUUGGACAUUCUCAGAGCAAGCAAUAAAAAGCUUCAAGAAAAAUUGACUAAAGAAGAUAAGGAACAGAGAAAACUAAAGCUUAAGCUGGAACUCCAGGAGAAAGCAACAGAAGCUCAUAUUGCUGAAAAGACAGCAGCUCUGGUUGAAGAAGUGUAUUUUGCACAGAAGGAACGUGAUGAAGCUAUUAUGUCUCGACUGCGGUUAGCCAAUGAGGAGAGAGAUGAAGCAAUUGCUCGAGCCAAACAUAUGGAAAUGUCUCUGAAAGUGCUAGAAAAUAUUAACCCUGAAGAAAAUGACAUGACAUUACAGGAAUUACUGAACAGAAUAAACAAUGCAGACACAGGAAUAGCUAUUCAGAAGAAUGGAGCUGUAAUUGUGGAUAGAAUCUACAAGACCAAGGAAUGUAAAAAGAGAAUCACUGCAGAAGAAAUGAACGCAGUGAUAGAAGAGCGGGACGCUGCUUUGUCUCAGUGCAAACGGCUAGAGCAGGAGCUUCAUCAUCUGAAAGAGCAGAACCAGACUUCAGCAAACAACAUGAGACAUCUGACUGCUGAAAACAAUCAAGAACGUGCUCUGAAGGCAAAGUUGUUGGCUAUGCAGCAAGCCAGAGAGACUGCAAUUCAACAGUACAAAAAACUGGAAGAAGAAAUCCAGACACUUCGAGUUUACUACAGUUUACACAAAUCUUUAUCCCAAGAAGAAAAUCUGAAGGAUCAGUUUAACCAUACCCUUAGCACGUACGAAGAAGCUUUAAAAAGUAGAGAGAACAUUGUGUCCAUCACUCAACAAGAGAAUGAGGAACUGGCUACCCAACUGCAGCAAGCUCUGACAGAUCGAGCAAACAUGGAAUUAGAGCUUCAGCACGCCAUGGAAGCCUCCCAAGCAGCCAAUGACAAAGUGCAGAAGUUGGAAAGGCUGGUGGACGUCCUGAGGAAGAAGGUUGGAACAGGGACCAUGAGGACAGUGAUCUGACUGAAAAAACGACAGUCUGGGGAAGCAAUCACAUCUGGUGACCAGGCUGCUUCAUUCAACACUGUGUAAACACUAAAGCCUUAACUUAGCAAACAGUUGUUAGAAGUGGGACACUCCAACCACAUUCCAAGCUGAGAUAAAAUCAAAUCACAAAUGUUUAACCACUUUGCUGCUGACUUGAGUUAUUUAUCCAAAUGUAUUAACUACAGACUUUUACCAGUGAGGAGCUAUAAAGUUGCAGCUUAUUUUGUAACUAUUUUAUAUCUCACUGUAUUGAAUAUAAAUCUUUUUACGCAGAAACCAUUAUAGGUCAUAUCUUCGCAUACGGCCCUUUCUGAAUCAAAAUACAGCAAAGUAAAUAUUGUCUAAACCGUAAUCCACUGUGUUAGGUCAAAACUUCAAAUACAUGCAUUUUUCAAUAUAGAAUUUAUUUCUUAACUGAUGAGAGCUCAGAUGUGAGAGUGUAUAGUCUUCCUCCAAUGCAUUCACAUAAUCUUUGUCGGUAUUAAAGAAUAUUAAGUCUAAAUACCAGGAAUCAAAUGUACACUUAGCUCUAAUGAGAGUUCGAUAUUUUAAAAUUACAUCAAUCAAGGCAUGAUUUUUGUUUCACUACAAAUAAUGCAAACUGUUUUCAAUAAAAAAGAGGAAAUUG